AUGCAAACAAUCUCGAUCCCUUUCCAGAGAUCCGUUCCGGACGGAAACCAAAACAUGUUGGAUGAAAUGGAUCGAAAGGUACGGGGUUUGAGAGAUGCGAAACAACUGUUUGCCUGGUUGGCUCAGAACCGGAAAAAGUUCCCAAAGGCUACUGGCCUGGAUCUGUACGAUCCAAGCCCCACGGAUGUUAUUGUUACGACGUUUCCGAAAGCUGGUACGACUCUAACGCAACAGCUAUGCUAUCAAGUGCUGGUGGCGACUGGCGGGGCACCGCCCCAAGACCCAUUUGGCACCAAAUUUGCUGACAUCUGUGAGGUGGCCCCGUGGCUGGACUUUAUGCCGCAGAUGGGCGUACCCCCUGUUCUGUCUUCUCCGCGCGUUUUCAAGACACAUGCCACGGCCAACAAUUUUGACAUUCGACGACAGAAACAUGUUGUGGUUUUGCGCGACCCUCUGAAAUUUCCCGGUAGUUGGCUAGACUUCACCUUUGAAAACUACCGUUUAGAUGGGCAUUCGAUUUGUGAGGAGUCUGUGAAACGUGAUGUUUUCGAUGAAACCGUGGAAAGAGACCUGCUCGGGUUGCUGCCAUCCACGUUGUUGAGCUCUGGAGCAUUUGGGUCUUCAGAGGCCAACGCCGUAUAUAGCACGAGAAAUAACCCGAACAAGGGUCCGAUGGGCCCCUGGUUCAAACACACAAAAGAUUGGGUUGACUUGAUGGAGCAUCGUAACGUGUUGAUUCUAUUUUACGAAAACAUCGUCAAAGACUGUGCUACAGCGGCCGAGAGCGUGGCCGCGUUCAUGGGUCGUACACUGACGGAGGACGGCUUGAAUACGGUUGUGAAAAGAUGCAGUCGGGAGUACAUGUGUGCUGACAAUCGGUUCAAGUCCAUCCUAGACGCAAAGGUGUUUGGAACAGCGGAAACGGCGUCAAAAGUGAGGCCGGCUGUCCGCGAAGGUUUUACCGGAAUGAAAAUCAAAGAGAAGUAUCUCGUUGAGUACCGUCGGCAGAUGAAGGCCACUUUUGGAAUUGAAAGUUACGAUGAACUAAAGAGGGCUGUAGGAUCCAAGCAGCGAAAGCUGUGA